UGAUUUGAUUUGUGGGGCUUUGUUUGUGGGGUGUUUUUUAGUUACAGAAUUGAACGGCCAAUCUGAAACCCUAGGCUUUUUGUGGGCAGGUGUGUUUAUUACGUUUCCAAACUGUAAAGUAGCUGGAUUUAGCUCCCGGGAGUUUGCUGUGAGGGACGUGUCUCGGCGAUUUCCUGGUCUGUCUGUUUCAAACGAGACGCCCGUUCAUUCACUGCGCGGAAAGGCGCUGGUUUGUGAAUGGGCAACCGAGUAGGUGGCCACAGGGAGCGUCUUUUCUGAUUUUACCUUGAUUUAGAAAACGCUGUUCCUUCUCCCCCGGCGAAACAGAACGUGGCGUUACCGUAGCUGGGCGCUCUUGUGCGGAAAGUGAAAGGACUCGGCUCUUGGUCCCAUGUUUGAGUUUGUGGACGAGGCCGUACCGCUCCGGGAAUUUACAUACGUGCACAGUCCCCUCGUCCCCACACGUCGCCCUGCACGUUUAACAACUGUUAACUGGCUGAACGGCGUCUGUUUGUCGUAAUUUGUUCACCAGGACAGGUACAGAGCUUUUGGGAGCCUUGGAUCACGUAGUCAGUCAUUCCGAAUCGUAACACUUUACGGGGCACGAAGUAAAAAUUCGCCAUUGCUAGGUGAUGACCUCGAUGGAUCUGCUUGCUGAUUUGCUUUCGGAUCACGUGUUUUCUGUGCUUAGUCCUGAGUUUCAAAUUACACCUCUUUAAGCCUAUUGUUUCCAGUUUGUUUACCCUUCAAUCUGGCUAAACAGCUUGUAGCAGGUGAUCAGGGAGGCCUGUAUCCCACCGUCCCCUCCUGCAGACUCUGCAGAGCCCAUCUGGUUACAGUUCCAGCCCACCUGGAUGAGGACAGUUCUGUUCCUCAGUGGAGGAUGAACGUAGGGGUGGCGCACAGCGAGGUGAACCCCAACACGCGGGUGAUGAACAGCCGGGGCAUCUGGCUGGCCUACCUGCUCCUGGUGGCCGUUCUUCACGUGGUCCUGCUCAGCAUCCCGUUCUUCAGCGUGCCGCUGGUGUGGACGCUCACCAACGUCAUCCACAACCUGGUGAUGUACGUGUUCCUCCACACGGUGAAGGGAACGCCCUUCGAGACGCCGGACCAGGGCAAGGCUCGCCUCCUCACCCACUGGGAGCAGAUGGACUACGGCAUCCAGUUCACCUCCUCCCGCAAAUUCCUCACCAUCUCGCCCAUCGUGCUAUACAUCCUGGCCAGCUUUUACACAAAGUACGACGCCACACAUUUCUUGGUCAACACCUGUUCGCUGCUCAGCGUGCUGCUGCCUAAGCUCCCGCAGUUUCAUGGAGUCAGGAUUUUUGGGAUAAACAAGUACUGACGUGACUGGACCAGAGCUCGGACCGUCUCUGCAGUACAGACUCAUUUUCCUCUGUGGCUGACGAGGCAGUGGGAGGGAGACCAGGGAAUCUGGGAUCUCUGCCCCGGCGGGAAUUCGAGAAUUUUCCAGGAUCACUAUGAUCUGAAAAGGCACCACACAGCACUGGACAGCUCUGUUUUGCGAGGGCCGCACUCGGGUUCAAGUCCCCGGUCCCCAUGUCCGUACUUCACAGAUUACUACGUCUUUGCGUCUGGCCUCGUCCCACUGAUCUUUCCUGUUCCCAGUGUAUGCUCUUCAUUCUCAGCAGCCAAGUCUGGAGCAGUUAAAAGUGGAUCUGAUUUGGAUCCUCUAGCCCGAUCGCGCUGUGUCCAAGGGUGUUGCACUGGUGUGAACACACCCCGUCUGUGCGACGGGAGGGCACGGCGCUUGUCCCGUCUUUCCCCAGCACGUUGGUGCACAACACGAGAAGGGCGUCUUUCGCAGCGGCAGCCCGCACUACGUUUAUUAGCUGCUUCCCCCAAAAGUCAAAUCUAUGAAAUUGUGCUACAGGCAUCUGAAAAACAAAAUGGUAUAAUUCCACUUUUUAGUGGGAACGUGGGAUUUUGUGGAUCAGAAAGGCUUCAGAGUUUGUUCUGUGACAUCUAGUAAAGAUCUGUGUAUUGCACUUCUGCAGAAGGGAAGCCUUUCUCCUUCAAAACCUGACAGCUCUUCAGUAAUGUGCCUUUCAGACCGGGGCUCUCAUCUUCGCAUUCUGAGCUUCACUUUUCAUUUGUAGAUCUGUCUUGCUUGUUCUGUUUUCUCCCCAUCCUUAAAUACCUUGAGAACACAGGUGCUCCCUUUCACAACGAUGAGUGGGAGUGUCAGAUACAUUUCUUCUUUCGCUCCGCUCCCCACAAACCCCCAGUUUCUUGCCAGGUAGCAUAACCCGUGCAGUUGCCUGCUAUUUAUUUAUUCAUUCUUGUAUUUAUUCUGCAUGUUUCUUUCCUAUUACCAUGUCCUUAGAUAAAUGUGCAUAAAUUGAGAAUGUUGCUUUUAUUUUAUUUAUUACUCCAGUCCAAAACAGUACUGGCCAGUGCUGGGAUCAAGAAUGUAAUGGAAAUAUUCCACAUGAGAAGUACAAUCACAAUUCUCCUUAAUCCAGUCGCGCCAAGUGCUUGCUUCUGGAUCCUUGCGUCAACAGUCGUUUUAACACCCCGAGGAAUGGCUGCAAUUUGCUUUUAUUUCAGUUUAUAUUGUGGAUCAGUCGCUAUUUAUAGUGCUCAGCACAUUUCAUUAUCAGUAUUUGCUUUGUAAAACUGUUAAAAUAUCAUUUCAAAUGCCAUAUGUCUCACUGCAUACAUAUAAAAUUGUAGUAUAAUGUGACUAGUCCAGCCUUAAAGAAUAGUUUCCAUCAGGCCUUGUUUUCAGCUUAAUAAGGCCUUAGCUGCUGGACUGGAGUGUCCAGAUGCCCACUCUGCUGGACUGUCUUCAGUGUGCGGCCAUUGGAGUGACAAGAUGCCCAUUUUGCUGGACUGUGCCACUAGUGGAUGGCCAUAGGGGUGACCAGGUGCCCACCUGGCUGUGUUGUCACUAACGGGCAGUCACUGGAGUGACCAGGCGCUCACUCCGCUGGACAAAGUCACUAGUCGACAGCCAUAGCAUUGACCAUGUGCCCACUCAGCUGCAUCUGAUGCCUUUUCUGUUCUGUUAGAGCCCUGGGACUCACAGUUUCAACUGAGUGAGAAAGAGGUGGGGGAGCCCUGCCAGUUGACGAUAGUUGGCCAAUCUGUGAUGUCUUGGGUCUCCCCUGUGCUAGAGGCUGCUAUGACAGGACCCCCCCCCCCCGCUCAGUAAUUGGCUACUCUAAAUUAGAAAAAAAAACAUGGGAAGCGAAUGCAUAUGGACAGAUGGGUCCAGGUUAUAUCUUGUCAGUAAGUUUCUGAACAGCAGUUCAGAAUCAUCUUGAGAGAGCCUGGGUCUAGGAGGCUGCCGAUCUGAAUGGUCUGAACCUGUCGAUGCAGCGGAGUGGUGCCUGAAUGCACCUGUGGUGGAGAAAAGAUACAAGAACUUGGCUUCUCAAGUGCCAGGUUAUGGUCAAACUGACUAUAGAUUAAUCAAGAAACUUGUUCGCACUAAAACAGUCAGAAAAGAAGGCAAUGACCGAAUCAACAGGAGUAAACCGUUGAGGGUUGACUCGUUCUUGGAAAAUGAGGCCUUUUAUUUCCUAAGAGGAGAAAAAUGCCAGUGAUUUUGAACGUGGCAAACCGUAUUUUAAUAUUAACCUGCACUCUUUGGAUGCUUUAUUAUUAUUGUGCUUUUAGGAUUUUUUUAGUAAUUAUCACUACAUGGCAGAUUCCAAACACUUGUCUUGGUUUGUGUCCCAAAGGCAUGGAGGAGACGGGGGCGGGGGGGGGUCAGGACAUGGAAAGGUGGGAGAAAAGUUUUAUAUGAAUGUCUUAGGAAGAGAGCCCAGUGUCUUGCUUUUCAUCGCAUGUAUAUUAUUUUUCUCUGAAAAUAAAUGAGGAGAAUCUCA